CCCACAGAAAAGCGGCGGGCGGGGCGGAGGGGAAGGCUUAGGGCGGCGGACGCCGCAGCUCCCGCCGCCGCUUCCGGGUCGGUGCCAGCUCUGUGGUGGCAGUGGAAUUCCCCAGACAUCACUCAGCAGGUCCUCCUUCAGGGAAGCGAGAGCUUGGGGUACCAGCUCUGAGUUGUAGACCUCGAAAUUCAGCAUCCUGAUUGGUGCUGCCUUUGGGAGGAUGAAUCAGGACAGUGACUCAAGUGAUCAGCCCCGUGGCCAGGACCCACUUCUAUUGCUGAAAACCCUUCAGCUUCUCUGGACAAAGAAAGAGAUGAAGAAGCAGCUCAAGGAAGAAAUCAGGCGGGGCUUUGCAGGACUGGAGGACCCAUUGGCAGGACUCCUGGACAUGCUGGAGAGCAGCAGUGAUUGGAAGGGGAAAGGGCAUUCCCUCGGGUAUUACAUCACCACUGAGUUGCAGCUUUGGAUAAAAGAGCAUCCUGCUGUUCAACAGUCUGGCAUCAAGCUGAAGAAGCUGCAGGCCCAUGUACUUGGAAUACUAGCCCAGUGCCCAGCUAAUCUUCUUGACCCUCUAAUUAGCAUUUACCAGCUCCAUACAGCAGACCGGAACUAUUUGCUUGGACAUGUCAGUCAUCUUUAUCACAAGGGCAAUUACAAAGAGGCAGCUAUACUGAGUAUUAAGCUAAAAUUACAGCCAGAUCAAGAUGUGGAGAAGAUGUGUACGCCUCUACUGCUCCAAGAUAAAACUAACUUGGUGGAAGAUUAUGUGGGAGAAUAUCCUGAGCUCCAGAGCAAGCUCUUGCAGAUCCUGGACACGUGGUGUGAACCUGGUUUUAAUAUCAGAGACAUCACAAGGCAAUAUCAAGGCCUGUCCAGGUACAAACCAGAUAAAUUUAACCGCAAAAUGCUAAGCAAGCUGGUCUUCAGGCUCCUAGACCGAUUUAACGUCGAUCCAGCUGUCUGCCCUAAUGUAAUAAAUCAGCGGCACUUGAGAACUCUGAAUUACCUCUUUUACAAGAGAUUUGUUGAGAAAACCAUGACUCAGGAGAAUUGGAUAGAUCACGUUCAGAGCACAGUUGGAGAGAAUCGAUGGCUUCAAGGGCACCUGAUACAGUUGCUAAUCAGUCACUGUGACUUGAACACAGCAGCAAGGUGGGCGCAACACUGCAGUUUGCCCAAGGAGCUGCUGCCUUGUGGAGUGGCUGAUGAGCUUCAAAAGCUUCAAAUCCAAGAGAGGGUAGAAGAGGCUGCAAAACUAGAUAAUGAUGGAGAGAGUAAGAAGAAGGACUAUUACCAGCUCCCUAUUCCACGGGCAAAUAUUCACUUCCUGCAGACAUGGGAGGAGACACUGCAGUGCUGGGAAAAGGUGCUGCGGCCUGGGCAGGUUGUGGGCAUUGACAUGGAGUGGAGGCCUUCGUUCGGCAUGAUCGGCAAGCCCCGUGUCUCCCUCCUUCAAAUCGCUCUGAAGGAUGAAGUGUUCCUGCUUGACUUGCCACGGCUCCUUGAGCAAGCUGAGGCGGAGGGUGAGAAGGAGAAGCUUCCUCGUUUCAUCCAGAUGCUUUAUUCAGAUGCAGCCAUCACUAAACUAGGUUAUGGGAUGUCUGGAGACCUUAGCAGCCUUGCAGCCACAUGCUCUGCUUUGAAAGACAUGGAUAAGAAAGCGCAAGGUGUGGUGGACCUACUCACAGUAGACAAACAACUGCAGAAGAGCUCCGUUGACUGGAAGAAGGGCGGCCAGAAGGGCAGUGUGCUGUCCCCAGAGCAGAGCUACGAGGAUAGAGGCUUCAGGCAGCUGGAGAAGGGACUCAGCCUCUUGGUGCAACAUGUGCUGGGAAAACCUCUAGAUAAAACAGAGCAGCUGUCUAACUGGGAGAAGCGGCCUCUCCGGGAGGAACAGAUCCUCUAUGCAGCUUCAGAUGCAUACUGUUUGCUGGAGAUCUAUGAGAAACUCUGUAAGGAUCCAGCAAGCUUUGGUUUGAGUUCAGACCUGACUGAGAGUCUGGUGGGAAAACCGAGCGUAAAACUCAGGGCAGAGAAGCAGCUGAAUAAACAAGAAGCACCUUCACCUUCUGGACAGCAAUGUGAAGGAUCCAAGGAGACCUCAUGUCCCGCUGCUCCCAUCUCCCCAAAGGAGUUCAGUGUGGUCUGCGAUAACAUGCUGCAAGGCCUCGGGCGCUAUCUUCGCUGCCUUGGUGUGGAUGUCCGGAUGCUGGAGAAUGAGGAUGACCACAGGAAAGCUGCUGAGAUUGCCCGACAGGAAGGAAGAGUCAUUUUAACCUCUGGGCUCCCAUAUCAGACUCUGCAGUCCCAGGUAGCAGAAGGAAGGUGUUUCUCUGUGAACUGCUCAGAAAAGGCAAAGGAACAGGCCCUGCAGGUUCUGAAGCACUUCAACGUUCAAGUAUCCCUGGCAGAUAUCUUCAGCCGUUGCCAGUUGCUUUCUGUUUGCUGACAGAGAUUUUGGAGCCCUGGGGAAGGUACAUCUGCCAAUGAUGAUCUCGGCUCUUCGUGAAUCCCGGGCCCCGUGCGGGGGAGCUCUGCCCCCCUCGCUGCUCCUUCCCAACCAAGAGUGGGCUGAGCCGCCGCCGCGGGGUCCUGGUACCGCUUCCCCCCCAGAUGCGAGUGUCAUCUGCUCCAGCAUCAGGAAGAGGGCUUUAGGUUGGAUGUAGGAGCCCUAUCCUGCUGUCCCAAAACCCUGUGUCCUACAGCAGCUCCAGAUACUCUGGGCAGCCAUGAUGCUGCGUUUGGUUAAAGACUCAGACAAUUCUUGACGUUUGCGGACACCCACCUUUGCAUGCUUUUGACUACUGGGCUAGAAAACCCCCCUUUUACUCCCAAAGGAUCCAAGGCGAAGUGAUUCGUCUCGUGGCCUGUGGGAACGUCGGUGGCCAAGCCCUCAUUUCUGGAGAGACUUCCAGGACACUCCGGCUGCAGAAGUGAUGUGUUAGAGCCCUGUCGUGGUGUUAGCUUGACGUUAACCGCUAGGCAAGGAGCUUGACAACUGGCAGAAGCCAGAACCUUAGCAUUGCCCUCCUGUGCGUUAUCAGAAGAAAAUAAAUCUUCUCUGAUUAGUUUUUUUUUUUUUUUAAAUGAGAACUCUCAGCAAAUAAAUGAGCUGCCUGCAUGGUGAUAAUCGGCUGUUUGGAAAGCAAGUCUGCAGAGUGUAUACACGGCUGGAAGUCAUCAAAACCAUCUUAUCCCAUGGAGUCUCCUGUGCUGAACUUGUGUUUACAAUAUCAGAUAGAAAAAGGAAUUUUUCAAUGGAUAUUUUCUGAUAACUUCUUUUAGCCAAGCAGCAGCAUAAUUAGGGCCUAUCUGCAUAGGGCCGGGGUAUCUGCCAGCUGCAGAGACCUAACCUCCUCUCCAUCCCUUUCUUACUAUUUUGACAUAUCUUGCUCCAGUUUAAAUCUGUGUGCUAAGGCUUGACGGACGCUGAAGAUCCCAUGAAGAGCUUGUCAGUGGUCCUACGGGACUGUCAGGGAGGAGGACAAGCUUAUGCCAGGAGGUGAGCACGCUGCUGCCCUUGGCCCUUCCCAUGGCUGCCACGGUGUCUAAGAGAAACACAGCUGGGAAGGAUGCGAGUCCUUACAUUAAGCAAAGCUGCUGACAGUAUUUCUUGCUGUGAUUUAGAAGCAUUGUUUAUCCACCAACUUUUUUAAAAUUUUUGCUUAUUCUCAAAAGCUCUCCUAAACAAUCCUGAUAUUCAGUCACUAGUUAUAAGCUGGAAUAAGAUAAACCUUUUAAAGGAUGGCCAUAAAUACUUGAUCAUUGUUCACCAUGCCAUUCAUUUCCCCCAAUCUUUGCCUCUCUUCCUCCUUUCCUGUGAUUUUCUCAUCCAUAAAGAUCCCUUUGUAUGGUUUCUGCUAAAAGUCAGUGCUGGAUAAUUGGCCAAUUUCCUGCACGCUGGCAGUUUUGUGGAUUCAUUGUGCUCGCAGUCCUCUUCCUCGCCGUGUGUCGAGAUCACCUCUACUGGUGCAGACUGGUAGCUAGACCCAGCCACAGCUGCAGGUCAGGUCUUGAAAAGAACCAUGCAAAAGCCAGAGCUUCGAGCGUGGUGUGCUGGAGACCCCGCCGUUGUAAUAACCUGCACUCAGCAAGGAGAUGUGUGCUCUGCCGGGGGAUGCUGAGACCAUAUUUUGGGGGGAGCGUUAGAAAAAAAUCUCGAGGUGAUUUGGACAAGAUUGCUGGGUCCAACAUGAGGUAACCAUAGAAAAAAUGCAAAUUGAACUUGAAGCCCAGUCUCUCAAUUUUUUUUUGUGCGUGUGAAAUCUCUUGGCAUCUCACAUCUCCUCUCUGAAAAGCUGGUAUUUGUAGAUUUACGACAGAUUAUUUUUUAUGCUGGAGGCCUUCAAACUGUUCUGACAUGAGCACAAGCUAUUCUGCUAUCUUAAAAAAUUAAGUCUUAAAUGAGAACUGAAACUCACUGAACUAUACUUCAAUUACAGUAUAGCAGAACACUUUAACAUGCGCAUGGAAAGAAGCCUGGGAGGAAGGGAAAUGAACCCUGAAAGUGGAUCAGAAGCUGGAGGGUUUCAGAGGCACUACACUGGUUACCCUCCUCUGGAGCUGCACCCUGGAGAAAUCAGCUUUGCAUGCGAAGCCAUCACCAUCCAGCUGCAAAACCCAGCUAAAAUGUAAACUUCUCUAAAGCCUUCACGGGUGCUUUGCAUCUGUAUCUGUGUCUGAUUAGCUGGAAUUGCGCAACAGCAGUUGGUGGUGGUGCCAGUUCUUCCCUCCUUACCUUGGCCCGUGGUCUCCUUCACGCGCUGUUUUGUCUCUGGCUGGAGACCAUCCUCUUCGGUGUCGGUGCAGCAGCAGGCACAGCAAGAGCCUGGCUUUGUGGGUCUCUGGACAGCAGGAUAGAAAGGCUGAGUGAUGUUUCUGGUUCCUGUGGAUGGCCAUCAUGCAGACAACAGCUCACCUGGAGGUGGGGAGGAUGAACUCAGGACUGGAGGUGGUCAUGAGCCCAGGCUUUCUGUAAUAGGAUUUUCACGAUGAUUUGCUUCCCCUGUCAUGUUGUUUCAAAUUCCUCACAAGCCAUACUUUUCACAGUCUGGAUUUUCUCUCAUGAAUUUCUCAAGGGGCUAUCUGGAGGGGAAACUAUUUCUCACCAUAACAAACAACCAAAGCCUUCAUCGUUAAAAAAUAAAGCACUAACAUGGCCCUACAAUGGACCCCUUUGUCAAGUCACAUCUGUUUAGAUCACCAGAAAUUAUAAGCCUUUACUUUUGAAAGUAAUUUUCUUUUAUCAAAAUAGGAAAGAGGACUGCAAAACAUUCAGAAAAAAUCUGCAUGAAAGCUGAGGCAUGUGACAGUAGUACUCCAUUUUACACAGAAAAAUCAAAUUGCCUGUAUAUACAAAUAUCGGACUUACACUUUUCCAGAUGAAAGUACAGAUGGCUUCAUGGUACAGGUCACUGCUGUGCUAGUGUAAAACCAGUGUGAAAAAAAUAUCUGGCCUGCUGGACAGGCAAGCUCUAAUUUCAGAGCUAAUACAGAUUACCUUGGGUUUAGCCCCAAAGUUUAAAAUGUGUUUCCCAGAAGUUGCCUGCCAGUGAUUGCCAAAUUGUAGAGCAAGAGGAUUCACAUGGGGAAUGAUGUAAAAUACUAUGUGAGGUGUAUUUGAUCAUUUGAAUUAAAUAAUCCACAGACAUUUACCCCCAAGUAAUGCAAGUGCCUGCACUUCUUUAUGAGCCUGGAGAAGGCUCGAAGUGCUGCUGUACCCACACUAGGCCAAUAUGCAGUUACCCAGAGGUCUCGCAGAUAGGCUAUGCCAGAAACCUGCUGCCUAAGGCCCUGCUCUUGCUCUUUGCCAGCCAUGCUGCUUUUUCCCUUUCCAGUGCAAACCACUUUUCUGCAGGCAAGAAGCUGGUAACCACCAUCGUGGCAGCAACGCAUCCCAGCUCCAUCCCUGGCUCUGACCCAGAUCAAGCCUCUCUUUUGGAAAGAGGCCACCUUCCUCUGAAACAAGGGCAAGAUUUUGCAAGGCAGCAAGCCUUAGGAGAGUGGAUUUAAGUCAGCUCUCACUGGAUCAUAAAACUUUCCUGGACACUUUUGAUAAUCCAAAAUAUUUGGCUGAAUUCAUGGGGUUUGAAUUCCAGUAGGUCUCUGAACCAGGACUGUGGGGAAAGCCUGGAGGCACCGAGGUUUGGGGGAUGCAGAUGAGCUCGGUGUGAGCCGUGGUGCUUAGGAAAGCGAGCUGCACGGCUCUGAGUUCUUAAGAUAAAAGAGAUCACAUCAGUCUUGCUGCCAGCCAUAGUGGGGCAAGGAACAAAUCUGCUGGUUUCUGUCCAGCCAGUUGAGACACAAACUGCUCAUCCUGUUGGGCUGACGGCUCUUAACCCAUCUUUGCUGCAUCGCCACGGAAAGUUUCACCAGCAGUGACUGAAACGUCCCCAGCCUUUCGUCUGACGUGAAGCUGGAAAUGAACUCUAAAUUUACCUGCACUCUGAACUGAAGACCCUGUGUUCACAUUUGGUGUUUUCCCUAGAUAAAAGAAGGGGAAAAAAGAGGCAAAUUUGUCUUGAUGGAACUUUUUUUGCUCUUAGAACGUCCUUCAAAGCCUUUUCAGGGGCACCGUCAGUGGAGAUGAAUUACAGAUCAUUCCUGUGCAUCCAAUAAAGGGAAUGGCUGUAGAAAUUCCUCUAAUUACAUAUAAUUGGUUUUGAAAUUAAAUGGUCUGGAAUUUCAGUGAGUGACUCUGACAAGGAUUACCGGCUGAGAAGGAGGUGCAGCCUGUUGGAAUGAGAUAGAUACAUGGAAGUAAUUACAGCAACGGUUAGCUUUAAGAAUUGUGAUACUACAGUAAAUUAGGCCACUUUAGGUCAAUGCAUGCAGAGAGUUUCACACUUCACUCCUGUGCUGCAGGUACUGUGUUCUGGCAGCUCUGGAGUGACUAGAGCCCAUUUAGCAUCCUUGAGGGAAAAGGCUAAACAGCAUGUGCUGAGGCAAGGCUGCAUGAUGUGAAUCCUCCGUAUUUUUAAUGUUAAGUGAUACAAAGCAGAGCUGCUUCUUGCCUGUCCUUUCCCCAAGCAUUUGAUUCUGGCAAGUGGUUUAAUUCAUUCAUGAACGCUCUCUGGACUGCACAGUCAUGCCAAAUAUGCAACUGUCUGGUUAAAGAUGUACAAACAAGGUGUGCCUGAUUCCUGCAUGUAGUUACCGUAACAAGUGCAAACACGCACUAGGAGUUUGAAUACACGCAUGAACAGACACCCAGAUUAGAAAAGAAUUUCUGAAUGCAGAGACCUGAUUUGAGCAACAAGUCAUGGCAUCUGUACAUGCAAAUUACAUGUGCUAUCGCACGUGAAUUUUGAAGCUCUGUUUCUAAGGAAUACAGGUAUUUCUAUGUAUUAGACCACAAAGCUAAUCUGACUUCCCCUUCUUAACCAUAGUGAUGAGAUCACUGGAAAAAAAGAGUUACCCACUGUUCAUCACCCUUCCUCAUUUUCAAUGUCCACGUGUUAAACAUCACACAGUGCUCAGUUCAGAGCUUGGAUAUCUAGGGAAAACAAGAUCCAGAGGUGGAGAUGACAGAAUAAGGGAACUCACAAUAUGUGGAGCCAUCUCUUAUACGCCAACCACAAAGAGACAGGAAAAAUACAGAAUCCGGCUCCUGAGCUCCAGGAGCCUCCAGCCUCAAGGGGUGGAGGUCAUCCAUUUGGGAAGGACACUUGUUCCUCUUCACGUCACCCAGGCCCCUGCUUCUGUAAGCAGCAGCGGCAGGAUAAAGCCUGAAAGGAUGAAAUGAUGAAGGCACUGUGGAGAGCUGUCUAACAGUCUCUGUGCUCACCAGCCUUCAUCUGUUCAGUCCUUGUGGGGCUCUGACCUCUUUUUGCGUUGUUGUGUUUUCAGACGAUACUGGUACAUACAUCUUUCCUUGCACUUUUCCCUUAUAGACAGAGGGAAGCCAAGGGACGUUGACCUCUGGGUUGCCAGAACCUCAGCACUGGGCAGCCUUGAGCUGUCUGGCUACAAACUGUCACAGGAAGCAUCAGCACUUGCCGCUUUCAGAUGCAGUUUAAAAAUACCUGCAAAGUCACACUGACCCAGUCACGAGGGUGGACAGUCUGAGGCCACUGAGAGCCCCGUCCUUGCCGUGUAUUUGCCAUUCGUCUGUUGUUUGAGUUCCUAGGAGGUUGCAUUUAGCAUCGGUGUUGUCUGUGCACCUCUUCUCUAGCAGGAGUCUCCUGUUCAGUUAUUACUGUGGUCUUCUGAAGAGGAAAUGCUGUUCCCUUUUUCGGCAUUUUUAAAGAAUCUUAUUUUUCAAAAUCACUUUUAGAAACCAACUUUGGAAAAUGGUGUUUAAUGAGCAGGUGCUCACUGCUACCAGGCAGCUAAAGCAACGGAAAGAAGGCAAACUACAUUUAUCUUCCUAAUGCAUGCAAAAAAAAGAUUUUAAAAAGAUGACACGGAGUGCAAAUAAUUUGUCUUUUUGCAGGGUUACAUGCAGCAUAAACAAGUUCACUGAGUUGGUUUACCACAUCAGUCAACAAACAGCUGUGUCAGCAGAAAUGUGGGAGCAGUGUGUUUUGGGCUGGGUUGAAGAACACCCUGAGCUGACAAAAACAGGGGACAAGGACUGACGUGGACCUGGGCCUUCAGAGAGCAGAGUACCCUCAGGGGCAGAGCCAAUAGUUUCUUCACUAUUUCCUUUUUCCUUGUCACUUUGUUCAUGUAGAAGCAACCUGGGGACAUUGGAUAUGCCCCUACUGUAACACUGAGUAGCUACACUGCAUGGCACGGUAGCUGGAACUGAUAAAUGCAUCUCUUUUAAUAUUUUCUUGGGGUUUGCAUGCAUUUAUGGAUGCUCUUGCUAUCUUUUAAGUCCCCCUCCACUCUUAGUCCACUGUGAGCACAGGUGUCAGUGCAAACUCUGGCACUGUGACAAAGUGUAAGUGCUGUGGUCCCCCCCACUUGCUGCAGUGACACCCGGUUUGCAACGUGUGACGUUGAUUGGUGUAUGGAGAGCAUCUCUCCUGCACCCAUGGCUGGGGUGGCACAUGGGCAGACAGGAGCAGGGCCAUAUGCACAUCGUGUUUUGGGGCUUGGCUUUCUCCUUUUGCUCCUGAAGUGUCGUACAGCUCUCGCUACCGUAACUGCAGGGCAGAGUAAAAUCUCCGUAGGGCUGAUGAGCCUAUAGUAUGGCAUUAAACCAGCGUUGAGGACCAGUCACCGCCAGCAGAACUGCAGGGGAGGGGAGCUGCUAUUGCCCAGAAGUGUAUUGUGGCCACCUGCAAGUGACAGCUCUGUAGGGCUUGUGGGGGUGAGUGGGGCACCAACAGGAGUGCCAGGGGCAGUCGCUGCUCGCAAGGCGGAUGGGACUCGUUUCCCUUCCACUCCACAGCAGCACAAAGCCAGGGUUUCUCAAGAGGUUUCUUGCACCUAAUUGUUCUGGCCAUGAGUGCAGGGGCUGAGCAGCCCAGCUAGCUUGUGCAGGUAGUUGUGACGUUUGUUCUAUUUUCUGGAGGUUUCCGUCUUUUCUUUGGAGAUGACUGACCAUUCAUUGCAGCGUGUGCCUGGCCCGACACCAGCUCAGCACUUGUUUGGUACAAGCUGUUGUGUCUCCCGUGCUUGUCGCAGAGCUGUUGGCUCCGUGCAGAGUGCCACCGGGAGCCAGAGCUGUGUGAGGAGGAGCACAGCUGCUGAGCACCACGGGGUCCUGCUUCUCCCCAUGCUAUGCAUGAUGCUCUGGCGGGCUCCAUCCAGGUGGGACAUAGCUGAACUUCAGCCAUGCAGGAAUAUUUAUACCAGUUAGAAACCUGUGUCUCCCCAAGGCAGGGAAGCUGCCAGCCUCAGCAAGAUGCAGUGUGCUGAGCCGUGACAGUGAGACACGCAACACCUUGGGAGGCAUUUUGGAUGUUCUCUGGCAGGGCACGCUCUGCACCAGCAGCCCAGCCAAUUCUGAAAAAAAAUAUCUGUUUUGUUCCUAUUAUUCCCAUCAGAACUCAAAAAAAAAUCUUGUCCUCAGAACCAGCAGCCAAAUUUCUGCCUGUUUACGUCUCAUGGUGAAGACUGGGUAAUUUGGGGAGAUUAGGGCAAUAAACAGAACUGUAAACAAAAUAAACCUGGAUAGCAUUGCAAAGGGCAGCCCUGUUAAAUGUUCCUGGUGUCAGUGUAAUUUGUGUGCAGUUUCAUUUAGUUUAUAAAGUCAGCACAGGAUGAGAUAAUUGGAAAAUGCCUUACUCACUGGGAUGUCUUCAAGGUUUAACUGCGAGCUUAAAUUCACAUCGAAUUCCGGCCAAGCGCUUAGGCUUGGGUUUUAAGUCUGUGUGUAAUCAGGGCUGUUUCUCUAGAGCAGAAUGAACGUUCGGGUGCCCUGGCCAGGUGUGCGGGAGGAUCCUGCCUGCACCGGGCUGGGAUCCGGCAGACCCUCCUGGCAGCGCUGCGCCUGGGAGCUGCCACAGCUAUGAAGUAAUGGUUUGGUUCUCAGGCUAUUUUUGAAGCUAGAAAUGCAAGUGUAACCAACGCUUCAGCAUUUUCCCACACCUUUCAUGUGACACAGGACUGUGCCCAGUCAUAGGACUCUGUCCCUAGGACCUAAAAAUUGUCACAGUUUCACUUCCCUCGUGGUUUUUUAUUUGUUGGUUUGAGUUUUUUUUCUUCCUUCCUUUCCAGAGGCAGCAGUUGGUUCCCUUUGCUGCUCCGUUAGCUGCCAGGGAAAUGCCUGGUAUGACGCCUUUCCCAAAAAAUUACUUUCUUUCGGAGAUUCUCACCAAUUUUGAACUGUUUUUGCAGGCAGGUAGUGUCCUUUUUAGACUCUCUAGAUGUGUUUCACACCAGCUGUUCUGUAUCUGGAAACACAGAACCAACUCUUGGGGCAGAAAAAGGAGCUUUCUAGGUUGUUUUAGACAUAGUUUCUGCGACAGUUAAAAUCAACAUUUUAAAACAAUAAAUGUACAGCAGUUCCCAUAUUUAUAAUGGAAUGGUUACAGAAAACCAAACCCCAGCUAUUGCAUGCAGUCCUUGCCCAUCCACAGCUUUUGGAUGGAUUGCUACCUGCUCCCUUUCAAGUCUCAUCCCCUGUUGCUGCAUGAAGCGGGGAAGUGCCCAGCAAAGGUACACAGAGAAAUCGGCCGCACAGAAAAUCCUUCAGUUAAACACGUAAACCCCAGACUACCCAGGGAAGUGCUGGUUCUCUGAUCUGCUUCAAUUACAGUCAGUCUAGGGAUUACAAUGACACUAGUCAUUAAAAACGCUCAAUCAGCUAUGUGAGUUUUAAGUUGAUGGUAUUCCUUUAAUUCUAAUGUACUAUUAGAAUGUUAAUUAAAAAAAGCAUACCAAAAUUAAGUACUCCUUCGAGAACCAAGAACCUGUCAUUUGCUUGAAAACCGUGGAUUAUAAACUGCUUCUUCUACUUUUGCUGCCAAAUAUGCAAAGUAAAUUGCACAAUUUCAAGGAUGCAGUUGAGCUGCUUUGUGUUUUUCUUUCUCCAACUGAGAAGAAAUAUUUUCUUCCAUCUGAGAGGGAGUAAUUUGUUUUUCUUGCCGUGUAAC